UCAAAUUUGGGAGGACACACCUUUUCACAGGCUCCCCCAUUUCAGACGGACUCCCGCGUAACUGUUCACGACUCUACCAGCCCUAUAUGUACUGUCGACAUGCAUCAGCUCUCUUCAUCCCCAACAUUUUCUCGCCAACUUUCGAGUUUGCACCACCUUAUAGUCUCUUCCUUCCGUCUCAGCCUUUUAACGUUCUAAAGAGGCGAUGGAUAACCAAGAUAGAUUAUCCCCUUUGCCCGACGGUGUCCUGUUCAUCAUCGUCUCUUUUUUGCCGUUCAAGGAAGCGGUAAGAACUUCCGUGCUUUCAAGAAGAUGGCGUCGUAUUCCCGUGGGAACAAGAAACCUGGAGUUUGACGAGAGGGAUUUUGUUCCUGAAGCAGCGGAUUCUGAUCAGGAAGCCCGGCAAAACAAGAGAAGGGCUUUUCUUGAUUUUGUAGCUGGAUGGAUUGGAAACUAUCGGGAUUCUGAGGGUCCAGUUAAGUUUGGGUUGGCAUUCUCUCACCCCGAGGAUCAUCGUCUAGAGAUGGAGCAUUUCGUCGGUUUUGCUACUGAUCGUAGAGUUAAAGUUAUUGAUCUUGAUUUUUCUGAUCCAGAAUGGGAUGAAGACAUCAUUCAACGUCAUCAGGCCUUUCUUGAACUGCCCAACAUUGAUGAUCAACACAAACGUACUCUAGAAUCUUUGAGGCUGUUUUCUUGCAAUCCUCCACGAAUUUCGCAGGCAUCCCCGAAUUUCACUGCUCUGAAGAGUGUUCAUUUGGGAUGGAUUGGGCUGCCUUCUGCUUUUAUCAAGAACUUGAUGGAAAAGUGUCCUGCACUAGAGACUCUGAGUACGAAGAAUUGCUUUCAUGCUGGUUACUUCGAGGUUAUUGGCCCGAGGUUGAAGACCUUGGUCCUAGAGAAGUGCUCUGGAGCUGGACCUAACAUGAGGAUGCCAAACAUCCUGAUUAAUGCUCCGAAAUUGCGAGUCUUCAAGUAUUCUGGAGUGCUGACUACAUUUGAGUUUGAAAGGCGAUCAAUGGAGGAGGCGGACCUUGAUUUUGGUCUCCACGGGGAAUAUGGUGAAUAUGGGGACAUUCUUUGUGCGCUCCUAGCUGAAAUUGCUUGUGUCAGGACACUGACCAUUUGCAGUUAUAUGCUUCAGUGCAAUGUGGAUUCAAAAAGCUUAUAUGAGGCCACUCAACUUCUUCUGCCUUUUUUUCUUUUUGGGGCCGGGGUGGUGGUGGUAAAGGAGUGCGACCCUCCAUUUGACAUUGAGCAUCAUGCAUUUUUGUAUGCUGGACGAUAUCAACCAAACUACACUUGCUUGAGGAGCAAGUUAAAAUCAGUUUAUGUGGAAGGGUUUAAAGGGGAGCCAAAUGAACUUUUGGUGCUGAGAUAUCUUCUCAAACAUGGUAGGGUUUUGGAUGAAGUGCACAUUCACCUUUCAAAGGAAAGAGGUCCUGGUGGUGCAAGCAUGGAAGAAACUUACUUCAACAAAAUUCGUAGCUUAAAGAAUUGCAGAGUAGCAUCCAAAGGACUCCGAAUAUUCUUACGUCGUAAAUAA